UUUCAUUUACAGUGCAAUUUGAAUAUGACAAUUCAAAUUAACGACAUGAUAACUAAAGCAAACAAAGGAAUAAAUGUCAUGAGAGCAAUUUGUGGUACAAAAUGGGGAGCUGACCCGAACAUCCUUUUGAGUUUAUACAAAGGAAUAGUUAGAUCUCAUUUAGAUUACGCAGCCAAUCUUUUAAACCCCUGCAGUAAAAGUUUGAUGAUGAGGUUGGAACAAGUACAGAAUGUUGCCUUGAGAAUCCAUAUACAAAUAUACUCAAAAAAAACAAAAAACAUAAUUAGAUAUAAAAUCAAUCCUAUAUAUGAGGUAGAAAGAAAAACUCUUCUAUAUCCCAUUACAAUUAAAAGUCUAGAAUUUGAAAAAUAUGAAAUUGAAUCGAACGAAAGGUUCAUAGCUAAAUAUGGUGGAAUGUAUAAUAAUCAUACCCACGUAUAUACAGAAGGAUCAAUAGACCCACAAACAAAUCAAUCGGGAUUUGGAAUUUACAUCCCAAGCAUCAAUUAUAAAUAUUCGUCACGACUCCAUAACUACACACAAAUCUGCACAACUGAAAUAAUAGCGGUAUACAAAGCCAUCUCGGUAUGCAUUGAAAAGGAAAUCAUGAAAGCAGUGAUCUUUUUAGAUUCAAAAAGUGCCUUAUCCAAAAUAUCUAGUCACAAAUGGGACCAAAUGGAUUACGUAACUAUAAUGACCAAAAAACUAUUGGUAGAUGCAAAUAAUAUGGGAUUUUCAAUAGGAUUAGAAUGGGUACCGGGACAUCAGGGGAUUAAAGGCAACGAGGUGGCAGAUAGCUUGGCCAAUAUUGGGAGAUAAUUAAGAGUACAAUAUGAUGUAAAAAACAUCAGCUCAGAUAUCUUUUGUGUUACAAAAAAGAACAUCUUGACUCAAUUUUACAAUAACUGGUAUUCCCAAAUUAAAGGUAAAUAUCCGGACUAUUAUGGACUGCAGAAUAGUUUCCCUAUAAAACCUUGGUAUAACCAAUGUGGAUAUUUGGGUAGGAACAAUAAUACUAACUUUAAUCGUUUACGAAGUGGACAUUGCAAAACUCCUUGUUAUCUCCACAAAAUAGGCAAAACGGAAACACCGAUAUGCGAAUGCGGUACUAUGGGAACAUUGGUACACAUCAUCUUUGAGUGCCCCAUAAAUAAACAUAAAGAUAUGGAUUUGUAUCUAGAACUAAUAAAAGCUGGAAUAGACAGUCCAAUAUCUUUACAGAGCAUUUUAUAUAAACCCUCGAAUAAAGUUAUUAAGAUAAUCAAUAAAUUUAUCAAAUU